UUUGAACAAAAGGAGCCGGCUCGAUUACGUGAUAACAAAAUUUUUUUACUCUUCCACAUACCACCAAAAGCAUCCCACCACCCGUAUCUCUCAUCAUCGCCCUGCCCAUCACUACAAUGGCUAAAUCACUCAGAUCCAAAGUCAAACGAGACUUUCGCUCCAAGAAGCGUGAAGCUGGUGUAUAUGCUGCGGCCGAAGCCGCACGGUUGCAUAGAUUAAAUGCCAAACUUGGGGCUGUUGUUUCGAAGGAUAAAGACGGUGACGAGGCUCUGGAUGAUAAUAUAAUCGAUGCCGCAGGCGUGCCAGCUGCAGGACCAUCGGACGUUACCAACAAUUCCGCAGACUAUAUGCAGGUAGAUGAUUCUACCAGACUAGAAGAUUCGUUAUCGAAACCUAUUUCGACUCACGGUCCCAGAGGGUCGAGGCGAGAAGAAUGGCGUUUGUCCAAAGGUCUUCCAGCACAGCCUUCGCGAAACGGAAUGAACAGACAAGGAGGAGUAGCUGCGCGGCGUAAGGCAGGGCGUUCGAAAAGAAGAAGAUAGGAAUGCAUCUCUUCUGAUACAUAUACCGGAUGCUCUCUCUAUCGCUCCAAUACUCUCGCUAUUUUUCGCGAUCGUAGUGCCUCCUUUCUUAAAAUUUUCAUUCUGGUUGUAGUUGUCCAUGGUUCUUCUG